GCCUCGCUCACGUACCCCUCUGCAUCCAAAUGUUCUCUGCCUGGAAGAGACCAAUGUUCCUGUCUGUUCAUGAGGACGCCCUGCCCACCACUGCCUCUCUCGGCGCCAAAAUGUUCAAUGUCACCUCGCAAGUCCUCCAACCUGCUCUCAACGGGACCCUUCCCCAGAGCAGCACCUGCGCCCACUCCGAGUGGCUGAGCUGGCUCAACACCACCCAGGCCCCCUUCCUCUGGGUCCUGUUCAUCCUGGCGGCUCUAGAGAACAUCUUUGUCCUCAGCGUCUUCUGCCUGCACAAGAGCAGCUGCACGGUGGCAGAGAUCUACCUGGGCAACCUGGCCGCGGCCGACCUGCUCCUGGCCUGCGGGCUGCCCUUCUGGGCCAUCACCAUCGCCAACAACUUCGACUGGCUCUUCGGGGAGGUCCUGUGCCGCGUGGUGAACACCGUGGUCUACAUGAACUUCUACAGCAGCAUCUGCUUCCUCAUGCUGGUGAGCAUCGACCGCUACCUGGCGCUGGUGAAGACCAUGUCCAUGGGCCGGAUGCGCGGGGUGCGCUGGGCCAAGCUCUACAGCGUGGUGAUCUGGGGGUGCACGCUGCUCCUGAGCUCCCCCAUGCUGGCCUUCCGGACCAUGCAGGAGUACAGGGACGAGGGCUACAACGUCACCGUCUGCCUCAUCAACUACCCGUCCCACAGCUGGGAAGUGUUCACCAACAUCCUCCUGAACUCCGUGGGCUUCGUGCUGCCCCUGAGCGUCAUCACCUUCUGUACCGUGCAGAUCAUGAACGUGCUUCGCAACAACGAGAUGCAGAAGUUCAAAGAGAUCCAGACGGAGAGGAAGGCCACGGUUCUGGUCCUGGCUGUGCUGCUGCUGUUCGUCAUCUGCUGGCUGCCCUUCCAGAUCAGCACCUUCCUGGACACGCUGCUGCGCCUCGGCGUCCUCUCCGGCUGCUGGCAUGAGCACGUGGUCGACGUCUUCACGCAGAUUGCCUCUUUCGCCGCCUACAGCAACAGCGGCCUCAACCCGCUGGUGUACGUGAUCGUGGGCAAGCGCUUCCGCAAGAAGUCUCGGGAGGUGUACCGGCGGCUGUGCGGGAAAGCGGGCUGCCUGUCGGAGCCCAACCAGAUGGAGAACUCCAUGGGCACGCUGCGGACCUCCAUCUCCGUGGAACGCCAGAUUCACAAAUUGCCGUAGCGGGUAGGGAGCAGCCAGGGAGCAAUGGUACCCGGGCUACUCAUGCGCGUGACGAUUGAUGGACGGGGCUCUCCAGGAUGCGCUCAAGGAGGGACGGAAGGCAUCCCAUGUGUGACCUUGGGCAGGGAGUCGGUGUCUCCAGCACAACAGAGGAGCGAAAUUCCCGCCCUGCCCAAGUUGCAGUGAGCAACGCUGCGAGGCUGGAGGGAUCUGGUGCACAGCCAAAGGUCCCAUAAACACGACAGUAUUAUUGUUCUUAUUUGCUGCCACCCCUGAGCCAGUCUGCUCCUUCCCAGGAGUGGAGCGAGCCUGGGGGUAGGGACAGGAGUGACUGAGCUUCCCUCCCACAUGCUGUCCCACGCUGCCCCAGCAGGACCGCCCAGAUCUCCAGAAAUGCAAUCCGGCUUUGGUGCAGCAUCUGAGUAUCCACACGGGGCCCAGCUGAAGUUUUGUCUUGCGUUUCUUUAAUCCACUCAGCUGGGACUUCAGAGGAUGAUUUCUCAGAUAAAUGAAGGUUAAACUCUGAGAGAUCUCUGGUAAGAACCCAGGGACUGAGAUUCUUUCAUUCCCCUUACAGAAAGACAAGGUGGUCUGUGCCAAAGAAGAGCCCAGUAAGCACUUAUCCAGCACUUGCUGUAUACACAGCAUUGAGCACUGUGGGCAAGAGGGGAAAAAAAGAGAGUUCUGUCUCCGUCUUGAAGGAACUCGCAGACCCAUGUGGGAGUGAUUCAGCACCUGCAACCGCCAGAAGGCUGUUCUAGGAGCGGUCAAGCAAGGCACUGUGGGCGGUGCAGAGUGGCGAGGUGACGGCUGGACGCCCCAGCUCAGUGGAUCACGAGUUGCACGUGGCUGUGUCCCUGCCUCAGUUUCCUCCUCUGUAACUCGAAGUUGUUGGGGGAUUAAAGGAGGUAACAGGCAUAGAAGGACUUUGACAAAUGAAAGGUGCUAUGUAAAUGUGAGGCAUUAUUAUGCCCUCAGAAAGGGAAUUACUUAAGGUUCAGCAAAAGGUCUGUAGGAGAGACUUGGUAUUGUAGGUAAUGGUUGUGCAAAGCACCAAUCAGUGUCUGACACAUAGUAGGUGCUUAUUAACGUCAGCUCCCUCCCCCACCUGUCCUUCCCAUCAGUCUCCUCCCUCUUCUUCCCCACCCCCCCACACACAGCAUUUUCAGGGAAGAUCACCUCUUCAAUGGAGAUGAGAGAAUGCCUUUCCCAACCUGCCUCCAUCCGAUCAUUUGCCCAACAACCAACUGCCGAGGGAACAGCUCUGCCUCCUGUGGGCGGGGCAGG